UCGUCUGCUUGGCAAUGCAGUCAAAGGAGUGGAAACUGCGCUCUGUGUCUAAUGAGCCAAUUUUCGGCUAUUGGAAAUCGAGGCGACUUGGGCAUCCGAUUAGGAAUUUGUUAGUCUUCAAAGGUGUCAAUUUUCAAGAAAAACUCUAUCUCAUUCACAGGCCACUGCAAUAUUUUGACGCCCAGUGGUUAUCGGAGAAACCUCACCUUGACCUGAAAUUUCCAAACUUGCCUUAUUACUUUGAAGGAGACGUCAAAUUGACGCAAAGCCUGUGUAUCCUGAGGCACCUCGGUAGGAAGCACAACUUGGCAGCUGAAACAGAAGCGGAGACUACUGAGCUUGACGUUCUGGAGCAGCAAGCCACAGAUCUUUGCGAGAGUAUUCGCGAAGCGGCGUUUUCUCCAGUUGAGCCUCAUUCCAUGAGACCGUACGAAGACAGGCUGGACGAAGUACUGGGACCUUGGAUGGUGCAUCUGGAAGGUCGACAGUGGGUUCUUGGAGAUCGUCUGACCUACGUGGACUUCCUCCUCUACGAGGGACUGGACUGGCAUCGCCUAUGGAAGGCUGACGUGUUCAAGAAUUACCCGACUCUCGAUGCGUAUGUGAGAAAAUUUGAGGACCUGCCCAACCUCAAGACCUACUUCCAGUCGCAAAGGUACUUCCAGUUUCCCAUCUUUGGACCUCGUGCCAAGUGGGGAUUCAAUGAAUGUGACAAAUAAUUUAUUGUGUGUCCUCAAAAAGACAUUACCGCAGCUAAUUUAUAUUCAAUAGCAAAGAUUUAAGGUGGUAAAUAUAGUUAUAAGAAGCUUUUACCCUUUUUUGUUUCAAGAGAUCAAUCAGAAAGUGUUGACAUUGAUUAAAAUUCAACUCAAAU